CUCUGAAGAAGGAAGGAAGUGGUUCAACUGACAUGGAAAAUGGCUUCUUGGAGCUUUUCAAGCCAGUUGAUCCUCAUUGCUCUUUUAAGCUGGAAUGCCUACUCUUAUCCUACCAAAGGCCAGGCCCAGCACAAUGUUAAGGGUCCUUCCAGCAUGGUGCAGAAUCCUGGUUUCCAGAAUACAUUCCCUCAUUACUUUCACCCUAGGACCAGCAGUUCAGCUGAUAUUGAUCCAGGUGUGGCAUGGAUGACCACUAAACCCACAAAGAAAGAUCUGCCUAGCCCUCCCCUUGACUUGCAAGGCCCUGCAGUCUCAUGGAUGGCAGGUGUCCCCCAAGGAAAAUGGCCUGUUCCUGCUAGUCCAGAAGGUCCUGUGUCAUCGCCUGCUUAUGUCUCAAGAGAACUGCCAGGUCCUUCUUCCAAUCCACAUGGUCCUGCUGUCUCAUGGAUGGCUGGUGUCCCCCAAGGAAAAUGGCCUGUUCCUGCUAGUCCAGAAGGUCCUGUGUCAUCGCCUGCUUAUGUCUCAAGAGAACUGCCAGGUCCUCCUUCCGAUCCACAGGGUCCUGCUGUCUCAUGGAUGGUUGUCCCCCAAGGAAAAUGGCCUGUUUCUGCUAGUCCAGAAGGUCCUGUGUCAUUGCCUGCUUAUGUCUCAAAAGAACUGCCAGGUCCUCCUUACAAUCCACAGGGUCCUGCUGUCUCAUGGAUGGUUGUCCCCCAAGGAAAAUGGCCUGUUUCUGCUAGUCCAGAAGGUCCUGUGUCAUUGCCUGCUUAUGUCUCAAAAGAACUGCCACGUCCUCCUUCCAAUCCACAGGGUCCUGCAGUUUUGUCGCUGGUUGGUGGUGGUGUCCCACAAGUGACUGUUCCUGCUUCUAGUCCACAAGGUCCUAGUUUGUCAUGGAUGGUUGGUGAGAGUUCUGAAGCGUCUCCAUCCAGGUCCAUGUUUGGACAAGUACCUAUGAAAGACUCUACAUCUGUCCAGUUGACUUCCAGCAAUCAGCACAGCCCUGCUGUAAACAUCUCCCCUAGUCAGACGGGAGAUUUCCACUCUAACUUUGACACCAGCUUGGAGCAGGGAGCCCAAAAGGGGGUAACUGGGCAGGAAGAUGGUAUGCUGCCACCGCUUUCAUAUCCAGAACCUAACCCUCAAGGUGGUGAGUUGAGUACAACAACCUCUAUCUUUGAACAUGGGGACUCUGAGCAGGAAGUGGAAGGCCAGAAGUUGGCUUUGUCUCCUUAUGCCUCACCUCAGAUGUUCAGUCCUUUUAUGGGAGGCCACAUGGAGUCUGUGGGACCAGUUCCAAAUCUGUUCUAUCUCUUCUUGACUGGCCAACUUUCUCCUGGCACAGUCUCCCAUGUCCAGACAGAUUAUGUGGCUGGCAGAGACCAUACCACUCAGGUUGGCUAUGAGGAAUAUCUACCUGCCACUCCUGAGAACCCUGACACCCCCAAAACCCAGGCUCCAAUGGACUGGCAAACAGGUCAAGGAUUUCACAGUUUAAAAGGAGUUUAGGUUACAAAUGAGUGAAGGCAGGUCCGGUGAUUGUUGCAGUUUACUGUUUGAAACAGAGGUUGCAUUUAAAUAAAAACUUUAAAUG